GCUCCAUAUGCUGGGUAUCGCUCUAUCUUCGAACCUGCCUUUCUCGUACGUCUGCGCUUUUCGAAAGGAGCGCGACCUCAAAUCAACGAGGAUAUAAAGUUGAUACUAACACCUACCAAGUUGAAAAAUGCCAUUUUCAAGGUCUCUCGAAAUGACCGCGAUCUUGUGGUUAUCUCGAAUAAGUAUGUUGACGAAUUGCGCAAUCUUCCAGCCGACAAGCUCAGUUCUAUCGAAGCGUUGAUCGCGAACAUCUGCGGGAAAUAUACGGCCUCCGACAUCAUGUUGGAAGGCAACUUGCAUACGCGACUGCUUCAGACCAGACUGACGCCCAAUCUCGCUGCCUUCUCAUCAAUUAUGAAAGAAGAAGUAGACCGGGAGUUGAAGACGCUCAUUCCUAAAAGCCAAAACGAGUGGGUCAAGGUUCGCAUUUACGAGGUGAUUGCCAUCAUCAUCGCUCGCAUCUCGAACCAGAUAUUCCUCGGCGAGCACGACGGCCGAAACGAGGACUGGUUCCAGGCCUCGGUCGGUUACGCAAAAGAAGUUUCUUUCACUAUCAUGGUCAUUCGAUGCUUUCCCCCAUGGUUCCGACCCGUAGUGGCGCUCUUUCUCCCAUCGAGCUGGCGAUUACACACCCAUCUUCGACACGCGAAACAGGCUUUGCUACCUGUCAUUGCGCGCCGUCGUGAGGAAGAGGGCAAGGGGGGUUACGUCAAGCCAAACGACUUUCUACAAUGGAUGAUGGAUGCUGCGACUGGCCACGAACGUCAACCAGAGAAGUUAGCACACCGGCAACUUAUACUGAUUCUUGCGUCGGUACAUACCACGACUAUGGCUGGGGCGCACGCUAUCUACGACAUGUGCGCAAACCCAGAGUAUUUCGAACCCCUGCGAACAGAAGUAGAAACUGUUCUGGAGGAAGAUGAUGGUGGCUGGGGGAAGCCAACACUGACGAAAAUGCGCAAGAUGGAUAGUUUUUUGCGGGAAUCUCAGCGCCUGAGUCCAGCGAGCCUACUGGGCUUCCAUCGCAUUGUGCAGAAUCCUAUCACGCUCUCCGACGGCACCCGUUUGCCAACCGGUACGCACAUAUGUCUAGCUUCAGAGGCUACAUCCAAAGACGCUCGGCUCAUCCCACACGCCGACAAGUUUGACGGCUUUCGCUACUACAAGAUGGGACAGAACUCCGAAGAAGCGCACAAACACCAGUUUGCUACUACGGACAAGAACCAUUUGCAUUUCGGACAUGGCAAAUAUGCAUGUCCUGGACGGUUUCUUGCGGCGAAUGAGCUGAAGAUCGUGCUCGCGAGCUUGAUUACAAGGUAUGACAUGAAGUAUCCAGAGGGGCAAGCUAGGCCAGCCAACCUGAAUGCGGAUGAGUUUCUAUACUCAGAUCCAGCGACGAAAGUGCUGCUCAGAAGAACAGGUGAAGUGGCUGCUGAAUAA